AUGAACAGCAUUUUCUUCUUGAUCCUUUUCAGUGCGUUUUUAAAAUACAAGACUAAAAACAUGUUCAAGUCAAAGACAUGUUUACGCUGCCGGGAAGCUCACGGAGACUCUUCUGAUCCAACACCCAGUGCUCACGACGACAACAGAGAACGACGCCGCCGACAAAACACCGGGCUUCUGUUUCGGAGGCGUUCGUACGACAUGGUGUGUGCACUAAGAGUGACUCGACCUGCUUUGCAUAUUCUCUUCAUCUCCACGGCUGCCAGUUCCAGUUCUUCUGGAGUGUACCGGGUGCCAGACUCUGCUGCUGCUGGAGACAGAGCCGGAGCUGCAGUUGGACCCGCUGCCUCCUACACACGUGGCAUGGGCCAAACCGUAACGAGGCGGGACUAA